CGAGCGGCGGGCGGCUAGAGCCCACUGGGUGCCCCUUAGGGCCCCCGGCACCUCGAGCCGUCGCGGCGAUCGGCGGGCCUGGGCGCCGGCCCGUUAGUUGCCCCGAACCGCCCGAGCCAGCGGGGAUCGCGGGGUGCUGCGCCCGCGACGUACGUCAGCUCGGCCUCACCAUCCCCGAUAUUUCCCGCGAGGGCUCCGGAGUCCGUGGGAGCGUGGUCGCCGCCGCUGGGACCCGGGAGAGAGGGGCUUGGUGCGAGCAGCGCAGGACUCAAGUCUCCUUCUUGCCGUCUGCCAUUUACACAUGGGGAAACUGAGGCACGGACAACUGGCUGACUCCUGACGGCCCCCCGUUGGCAGCGAAAGCCCCAGGUUGUAAGGCAUUUUGAUUUGCUGUCUUUUUACAGCAUGGACACCAAAUUGUUAAAAACAUACUUUGGGACUGCCAGUGAAUUUAUCUUUUGCAAUUUUAUGACAAACUUACUAGUGGUCCCUUUCUUGAGCUAAUGUUCUGAAGUUACUAUCAUGAUGAGUUCAGGCUUAUGGAGCCAAGAAAAAGUUACUUCACCCUAUUGGGAAGAGCGGAUUUUUUACAUGCUUCUUCAAGAAUGCAGUGUUACAGACAAACAGACCCAAAAGCUCCUUAAAGUACCGAAGGGGAGCAUAGGACAGUAUAUCCAAGACCGCUCUGUGGGGCAUUCCAGGAUUCCUUCUGCCAAAGGCAAGAAAAAUCAGAUUGGAUUAAAAAUCCUAGAGCAACCUCACGCAGUUCUGUUUGUUGACGAAAAGGAUGUUGUAGAAAUAAACGAAAAAUUCACAGAGUUGCUGUUGGCAAUCACCAACUGCGAGGAGAGGCUCAGCUUGUUUAAAAACAGAAGCAGACUAAGUAAAGGCCUCCAGGUAGAUGUGGGCUGCCCUGUGAAGGUGCAGCUGCGCUCUGGGGAAGAAAAGUUUCCAGGAGUUGUGCGCUUCAGAGGACCCUUGUUAGCGGAGAGGACGGUGUCGGGGAUAUUCUUUGGAGUAGAAUUACUGGAAGAAGGCCGUGGCCAAGGCUUCACUGAUGGCGUGUAUCAAGGGAAGCAGCUUUUUCAGUGUGACGAAGACUGUGGCGUGUUCGUUGCAUUGGACAAGCUGGAAAUCAUAGAGGACGACGAUAAUGGACUGGAAAGCGAUUAUGCAGGCCCGGUGGACACCAUGCAGGUUGAACUUCCGCCUUUGGAAAUAAACUCCAGAGUUUCUUUGAAGGUCGGAGAAACUAUAGAAUCUGGAACAGUUAUAUUCUGUGAUGUUUUGCCAGGAAAAGAGAGCUUAGGAUAUUUUGUUGGUGUGGACAUGGAUAACCCUAUUGGUAACUGGGAUGGCAAGUUUGAUGGAGUACAGCUUUGUAGUUUUGCAAGUGUUGAGAGUACGAUUCUCCUGCACAUCAACGAUAUCAUCCCAGCUUUAUCAGAUAGCGUGACACAGGAAAGGAGGCCUCCCAAACUUGCCUUUAUGUCACGAGGUGUGGGGGACAAAGGUCCAUCCAGUCAUAAUAAACCAAAGGCUACAGGAUCUACCUCAGACCCCGGAAACAGAAAUAGAUCUGAAUUAUUUUAUACCUUAAAUGGAUCUUCUGUGGACUCACAACCACAAUCUAAAUCAAAAAAUGCAUGGUACAUUGAUGAAGUUGCAGAGGAUCCCGCCAAGUCACUUACAGAGCUGUCUCCAGACUUUGGGCACUCCUCACCACCGCUGCAGCCUCCGUCCCUGAGCUCCUUAUCCAGUGAGAACAGAUUUCACUCUCUGCCCUUCAGUCUGACGAAGAUGCCCAACACCAACGGCAGCAUGGCUCACAGCCCGCUCUCACUGUCGGUGCAGUCUGUGAUGGGUGAGCUGAACAGCGCUCCUGUGCAAGAGAGCCCGCCCUUGCCUGCGGCCUCCGGGACCUCCCAUGGGCUGGAAGUGGGCUCGCUGGCUGAGGUGAAGGAGAACCCUCCUUUCUAUGGGGUCAUCCGCUGGAUCGGCCAGCCUCCAGGGCUCAACGAAGUGCUAGCUGGCCUGGAACUGGAGGAUGAAUGUGCAGGCUGCACAGAUGGAACUUUUAGGGGCACCCGGUAUUUCACCUGUGCCCUGAAGAAGGCACUGUUCGUGAAGCUGAAGAGCUGCAGGCCGGACUCCAGGUUUGCGUCCCUGCAGCCCGUCUCCAAUCAGAUCGAGCGCUGCAACUCCUUAGCAUUUGGAGGCUAUUUAAGUGAGGUGGUAGAAGAAAACACUCCACCAAAAAUGGAAAAAGAAGGUUUGGAGAUAAUGAUUGGAAAGAAGAAAGGUAUCCAGGGUCAUUACAAUUCUUGUUACUUAGAUUCAACCUUAUUUUGCUUAUUUGCUUUUAGUUCUGUUUUGGACACUGUGUUACUUAGACCCAAAGAAAAGAAUGAUGUAGAGUAUUACAGUGAAACGCAGGAACUACUGAGGACGGAAAUUGUUAAUCCUCUGAGAAUAUAUGGAUAUGUAUGUGCCACAAAAAUUAUGAAAUUGAGGAAAAUACUUGAAAAAGUUGAGGCUGCAUCAGGAUUUACCUCUGAAGAAAAAGAUCCUGAAGAAUUCUUAAAUAUCCUAUUUCACCACAUUUUAAGGGUAGAACCAUUAUUAAAAAUAAGAUCAGCAGGUCAAAAAGUGCAAGAUUGUUACUUCUAUCAGAUUUUUAUGGAAAAAAAUGAGAAAGUUGGCGUCCCUACAAUUCAGCAGUUACUAGAAUGGUCGUUUAUCAACAGUAACCUGAAAUUUGCGGAGGCACCAUCAUGUCUGAUUAUUCAGAUGCCUCGAUUUGGGAAAGACUUUAAAUUAUUUAAAAAAAUUUUUCCUUCUUUGGAAUUAAAUAUAACAGAUUUACUUGAAGACACUCCCCGGCAGUGCCGGAUCUGCGGCGGCCUCGCCAUGUACGAGUGCAGAGAAUGCUACGAUGACCCGGACAUCUCGGCAGGAAAGAUCAAGCAGUUCUGCAAAACCUGCAACACUCAAGUCCACCUUCAUCCCAAGAGGUUAAAUCAUAAAUAUAACCCAGUGUCACUUCCCAAAGAUUUGCCUGACUGGGAUUGGAGACACGGCUGCAUCCCCUGCCAGAAGAUGGAGUUGUUCGCUGUGCUCUGCAUAGAAACGAGCCAUUACGUAGCCUUUGUGAAGUACGGGAAAGACGACUCUGCCUGGCUCUUCUUCGACAGCAUGGCCGACCGGGAUGGUGGCCAGAAUGGCUUCAACAUUCCCCAGGUGAGCCCCUGCCCAGAAGUGGGCGAGUACCUGAAGAUGUCUCCCGAGGACCUGCACUCCUUGGACUCCAGGAGAAUCCAAGGCUGUGCUCGCAGACUGCUUUGUGAUGCGUACAUGUGCAUGUACCAGAGUCCGACCAUGAGCCUGUACAAGUAGCCGGGCCGGCCCGAGAGGCGGAGAGACUGAGCCCCGGACCUCAGGGCUGCGUCUUCCUGGAGCUGGCGUUCUGUUCCUCGCCCGUUGCCGGCAAUGGGCGUCUGUGCGGUGGCGAUUCCGGAAAGGACUCCCGUGCUUCACAACCAACUGCUUAUGUGUUCCUGAAGUAUUUAAUAAGAAGCAUUUUGCACUCUAGAGAGUAUGUUUGUGUUGGUUUUAUAAGAAGUCUAAAUUAAUACCUAAAGCUUUAAGUUAACUGCAUUGAUUACAUGAUAUUUUUUAGAAGCAUACAAUUUUAAUUGUGACAGUUUAAAACCUCUCUUAGUCCAUUGACAAUGUAAAUAAAUGUUUCUUCUUUCUGGACCAAGGAUAUGAAAUAAUUUUUCCUUUGUAGCCAGCGGCUGCCGUGAGGAAGACGUAGUUCGGUUUUCUUCAGUCUCCGCUCGCGCCGGCCGUGGCAGGUGUGCCGCGCCUGCCUGGCUAGUUCCUUCUCCCUGCUGCCGACUCCUGCAUGGCUGCACCCCGCUGAGCUUCUGUGUUGCAGUUGCGCUCAGAAAAAUCCCGCGGUUCCCUCAGUGGUGUUGUUUUCUAUUUGUUCCGAUUUUGAGAUAAAUGCGUGAUUCUGUUAUAAAUGUCCAAUUUUCAUGUACUUUCCCUGGAGGAUUGGGGUGAUCAGCAAUUGAAGCUCUUCAGUCCUUGUAACUGUCAACUAAUAGGAUGUUUUUGCACACUAUUUUAUGUGACAAGGCGCAGAAAGUUUUAUGAAAAGAUCGAAAUAAUAAGUAAAUAACGAUUCCUAUACAAAUACAUAGUCCAUGAGAAAAUCCAACAUCUAGAAUUACUCCUUAAUAUUUCCCUGGAAGGCUAUAUUAGAUAUUUAAUCCUUUAUUUAAAUAAAUAAGAGGCUUUUUUAAAAAAAAAUUAAUCUGUUAUUUUGAGUAAGGCGGUUACUUUAAGUUUCAUCAGUCAACCAGUUCACUCAGUAAAUUUUUUGGUUUUGCUUGAAAUAAAUGAUGGUCUGAGUCAUAUUUUAUUGAACUGUUAGCAGUAGCUUCAUCCUCCCUUUGAUUAAAGAAGUAGAAAAUGGAUGUGUUCUAGGUAGAUCCAUAGUGUGUGUUUAGACCACAGUAAAUGUUGUAAACUAGCAUCAUAGAGUAUAAAUGUCAGUGCUGUGGACGGUGUAUUCCUUGAGUAUUGUUUUGUGAUAUCCUUGUGUUUUUGGAAUGACUUUCUAACCUUGCAGAAAGACAGAAAAGAUGUCAUAUGUAUGAUAGCAUAUGACUGUACAAUAUUGAAUGUUAAAAAAUUGGAAAGAGUCUUUACCAACCCUGUAGUUAUUUUU